CACAGACACAGGUUCAGUCACAGACACAGGUUCAGUCACAGACACAGACGCCGUUCAGACACUGUCACAGACACAGGUGCCAUUCAGACACAGACGCCGUUCAGUCACAGACACAGACGCCGUUCAGACACAGACACAGGUUCAGUCACAGACACAGACGCCGUUCAACCCACACAAUGCGUGACCACACCUCCGCGUCUCCUCGCGUCUCACACCUGCAACAACAACAACAACCUCCUCCUCUUCACCACCGCCACCACCACCUGCUGCUCCUCCUCCUGCUGCUGCAACUGCUGCACCCGCACGUUGGCCCACCCAUCCUCUGCUGGGCCACCCGUCCAACCUUCACGUGCCCCACCAGCUGCGCGUGCAGCAGCGGCGGCAGCGUCGGUCACAGCGCGGGCACCUCGCCGGUCCACGUGGUGGACGUGGCGGGUGUCCACGUGAAGUGCAGCGGAGCUGGCUUCUCGUCCGUGCCAGAGGACCUCCCCGCGGCCACCUCGCGCCUCCUCCUCGACGCCAACCUCAUCGCGUCGCUGCCGCCCGCCGUCCUGCGCCACCUGCCCGCCCUCCGCGAGCUCGACCUGUCGGGCAACCGGCUCGAGGCGAUCUCCCCGGGCGCCUUCGACGGCGCGGCGCGCUCCCUGGAGCUCCUCGACCUGUCGGCGAAUCGCCUGCGUUCGCUGCGCCCCGCGGCGCUCGCCGGACUCGGCCCCGCCGUGGGAAUGUUCCUGCACGGCAACCCGUGGCACUGCGACUGCGAGCUCGCGGCGGCGUUGGCGCGCGUCACGGUGCUCGGGCCCGGGAACCGCGAGGAGAUGAAGAAGGAGGUGGCCCCGCAGCUCCCCGAGGGGGGUCCCGGGACCCCCUUUGAAGACGACCUGGGGAGCACCACUCUGUGACCCCCUCAAGGGGGUCCUUCCAGCUCCUCAAGGACCUGGUGGAGCGCACCCCACCUAAUGGGUUGUUCCAUUGCCGUUGAGGCCCCCCCCCCUCAACUCAUUUGGGGUCACCAGCAAAGUUGUGGGUUCACAUUGGGGACGAGACGGGUGGGGGUUGACGAUGGACGUGUCGGAGGCAGUGAUGCUGAAAUUCAAGACAGAGGGGUCUCCAGUUUAGUAACUGCAGUUGAGAUCCUGAAUGCUCCAGAUUAGUAACUGUGUUGAGAUCCUGAAUACUCCAGGUUAGUAACUGUGUUGAGAUCCCGAAUGCUCCAGAUUAGUAACUGUGUUGUUGAGAUCCUGAAUGCUCCAGUUUAGUAACUGUGUUGAGAUCCUGAAUGCUCCAGGUGAGUAACUGUGUUGAGAUCCUGAAUACUCCAGGUUAGUAACUGUGUUGAGAUUCUGAAUACUCCAGGUUAGUAACUGUGUUGAGAUCCUGAAUACUCCAGGUUAGUAACUGUGUUGAGAUCCUGAAUACUCCAGGUGAGUAACUGUGCAGUUGAGAUCCUAAAUACUCCAGGUUAGUAACUGUGUUGAGAUCCUGAAUGCUCCAGGUGAGUAACUGUGCAGUUGAGAUCCUGAAUUCUCCAGGUUAGUAACUGUGUUGAGAUCCUGAAUUCUCCAGGUUAGUAACUGUGUUGAGAUCCUGAAUACUCCAGGUUAGUAACUGUGUUGAGAUCCUGAAUGCUCCAGAUUAGUAACUGUGUAGUUGAGAUCCUGAAUACUCCAGGUUAGUAACUGUGUUGAGAUCCUGAAUGCUCCAGAUUAGUAAUUGUGCAGUUGAGAUCCUGAAUGCUCCAGGUUAGUAACUGUGUUGAGAUCCCGAAUGCUCCAGUUUAGUAACUGUGUUGAGAUCCUGAAUGAUCCAGGUGAGUAACUGUGUAGUUGAGAUCCUGAUUGCUCCAGGUUAGUAACUGUGUUGAGAUCCUGAAUGCUCCAGGUGAGUAACUGUGCAGUUGAGAUCCUUAAUGCUCCAGGUUAGUAACUGUGUUGAGAUCCUGAAUGCUCCAGAUUAGUAACUGUGUAGUUGAGAUCCUGAAUACUCUAGGUUAGUAACUGUGUUGAGAUCCUGAAUGCUCCAGAUUAGUAACUGUGUAGUUGAGAUCCUGAAUACUCCAGGUUAGUAACUGUGUUGAGAUCCUGAAUGCUCCAGAUUAGUAAUUGUGCAGUUGAGAUCCUGAAUACCCCAGGUUAGUAACUGUGUUGAGAUCCUGAAUGCUCCAGAUUAGUAACUGUGUAGUUGAGAUCCUGAAUACUCCAGGUUAGUAACUGUGUUGAGAUCCUGAAUGCUCCAGAUUAGUAACUGUGUAGUUGAGAUCCUGAAUACUCCAGGUUAGUAACUGUGUUGAGAUCCUGAAUGCUCCAGAUUAGUAACUGUGUUGUUGAGAUCCUGAAUGCUCCAGUUUAGUAACUGUGUUGAGAUCCUGAAUGCUCCAGUUUAGUAACUGUGUAGUUGAGAUCCUGAAUACUCCAGGUUAGUAACUGUGCAGUUGAGAUCCUGAAUGCUCCAGGUUAGUAACUGUGUUGAGAUCCUGAAUACUCCAGGUUAGUAACCUGUGUAGUUGAGAUCCUGAAUACUCCAGGUGAGUAACUGUGCAGUUGAGAUCCUGAAUACUCCAGGUUAGUAACUGUGUUGAGAUCCUGAAUACUCCAGGUUAGUAACUGUGUAGUUGAGAUCCUGAAUUUGCGUCUGGUUGUCUCUUACCUCGUCUCUCUAUCUGUCUAUCUAUCUUUGUCUGUCUCUUUCUCUCUCUAUGUAUCUAUCUCUCUGUGUUUCUCUCUCUCUCUGUCCCUGAAGGGACUCGUAAUGGCCAUCCUGGCCUCUUCUGGCCGUGAAACUCGCGUGGCGAGCGCUCGCUCGCUCGGCCGAAUGGCCAACGUCGAAAUCGCGCCACUCAAAAGUCGUAGCCCGCGACUACUUUGUCCGCAUCCGAGCGUGUUGGUGUCGCAGCGAAGGCGACGAAACGUCGAACACAUCGAGCACGGCAACGGCCAAUCGUGGCGAACGAACGCGUCACGUGGCCGACGAAUGAAACGCGUCGCUGCGAAUCGCCGAGCUGAUCGCCGCCCGGGCGGUCGCGUCCGUCCCUACCCUGAGCCACCUGAGUUGCGCAACUGCUCGCGACCGGUUGCAGAGGACGUCUACACGCGAGCGAUUCGGUUGCACGCCAACCGAGUUGUGCGCCACUGACCAGCUCGGUUGCACGCCAACCGAGUUGCGCAACUGCAUCGCACAGGUCUGGGACCCGGCUUAAAGCGGGCCAGUUGCGCGCAACCGAUUGCUGCCGUGCGCGCUCACUGUGAGCGAUGGAUGGGACGCCCGUCUUAGCGAAGCAAGUCGAGAGGUGGCUUAUCGAUCAUUUUCUCGGAGUUGAUGAAAACGAAUACAACUCAUCGAGCGCCUCGCUCGUUAACCUUGAGGGUCGUUCAAGGUCGUCUCGG